AAGGCACGGGAACAAGAACAUCUCGAGGAGAAACUCUGCCUUUGGAUGCACAAUGAGAAUAUGUACAAGGAAGAUUUCAGGAACAUGACUGAAGAGAAUGGAAACAACAGUAACUCGUCCUCUGCCUUCACUCACAGCAGCACCAUGAGUGCCAUACUGAUUACUUCCUACUCAUUUGCCUUUGCUGGAGGUGGGAUCGGGUCCAUCACAAUGUCAUUUGUGCUGGUCAAGAUGAACACUCUGUCCGUGACCACUACAGCCAUCAUUAACCUGGUUGUUGUGCACAGCCUCCUCCUCUUCACAGUGCCCUUCCGCCUGCACUACUAUGUCAACAAGAAGUGGAUAUUCAAGAUGCCAUUCUGCAAAAUGGUGAGUGCAAUGGUGCACAUCCACAUGUACCUGACCUUCCUAUUCUAUGUGAUCACGCUGGUGAUCCGGUGGCUCAUCUUCUUUCAAUGGAAAGACAAGGUGGAGUUUUACAGGAAGCUACACGCCAUUGCGGCAAGCGCUGCCGUGUGGGUCUUUGUCAUGGUCUUUGUGGUGCCAGUCUUGUUCUUUGAAUAUGGACGCUCAGGCUCAUACAAUGAUACGACGUGCUUUAAGUUCCACAAAGAACUUCAACAGGAGAGCGUGAAAGCCCUGAACUACACCAUAAUUGUAUCUGUCGCCUGCAUUACUUGUAUCCUCUUGGGCCUGCAGAUUUUCAUCCUGGUAAAAGUGGCAAGAAAAUUUUCUACCUCACUCUGGUCACACCAAGAGUUCUGGGCCCAGGUGAAAAACCUGAUUUUCAUCUGUGUCAUCAUAAUUUGCUUCCUCCCCUAUCACCUCUUCAGGGCCUACUACAUACAGCACGUGAAUGAUUUUGACCAGCUAGAAAGCUACAAUGAAGUUUUUCUGAGUCUGACUGCCCUCAGCUGUAUGGACCUGCUGUCGUUCGUGCUGAGUGGGAGCCGCCUCUUCAAGCAAAAGGUGGGCAUGCUCCGCAGCAGGUUGUCUUGUUGCUAGCAUCAACCUCUUGCAGCGUGCGCGGGCCCGGGCCUGGCAGAGCGCGGUGCCGGACAGGCACAACAAGCCCCCUCCUCAACAUGUCAGGGUGGGCGCUGGAGACAGGGCAACAGGCUCCCACAGGGCUCGGCGCAGCUGCUCCCCCAAAUAAUGGGGCGAACCGCCUCCAUUGUCUUAGCUGGUAAAGUGGAAAGUUACCUCUGGGACUUCCUCACGGCGCUACCCA